AUGAUGUUUGAGACCUUUCGUGUGGAAGACCCGGGUCGCUUCUCAAACGCCUCCGCAGAUGAGAACGGAGACACACGUGCGGACUCGCCCAUGGAGACACGACGGAGUCUAUCCAGCACGCCGUCAUUAGCGCGGAGUGCACGCGAGGGCUAUAUCACCGUCGCCGAUGAGUCUCUGCUCGCGCCUAUUGGAAAUCGUGCACAGGAGCAGCCACCAAGUAGACGGACUAGGCCGACAAGACCACCACGAUCUACGAGCAAUAGUGGCGAUGUCCGCUUCGUGGUCAUCAACCACCCGGAACAACUUCACAAUCGAAGUGAACUGCGGCUCAAUCGGCAACAUGUCAUGAAAGACUUCCUCACGAAAGCGGCCAAAGAUCCUAAUACGAAAGACAUUCGAGUCACCAAUCAGGUCGCUGGGCGUAAGCGGCCACGGGUAGAAGUGCCAACCACUGGCAUAUCGUACAAUCCUGUUGCGCCCUCGAGGAUAUUUCAAGUCAAUGGUAUUGCACCAGAUGCUUCCUCCAGUAGUGCUUCAAACACUGCCAUUCGCCCGCCCGGACGCAACAAUGUGUCAGAUCAAGCUCCAAGCUCAGAUCAACAAGCCAAAGCACCGCGCGUGACGACAGCCACAGUGACAGCCAAGGCAGUCAGUGCACCGCUGGUUUCUGGUAUAAGUGGCCGCUUCCGCAACUACGCCUACCUCGGGACAACGCCAGACGAGGUGCCCUUCCCUCUACAUCACAUCAACGGCAGCCUCAAUCCCUUCGACACCUGGCCAAAGCUCGACGACCCAAAAAUCAGGGUCAACGAGUUGAAAUGGAGCUGCAGUCGCCGCUUCGGCAGUAGAGGUAUAGCAGACCAUUGGGUGCCGAUGCUGCUCAGUGCUCGACAUGCAUUCCUAAGCACGAUAGUCAUAUCUUCCGCCCACGACGAUAUCAUGAGUCGACAGAGUAAGCAUCCGGACCAGAGACCGAAGACAGAGUCGGUGGCUCGAGCUACGGUGCGACAUCAGGUCACGACGAUGGUGAAUGAAUGUAUGAAGGACCCGAUGCUGCAGACGAGCGAUGCUACGUUGGUGGCUGUGCUGCAUUUGCUGAAUGCGGGGAUCAUGGGAUGUGAUGAUAAGGAUAUGCGGGUGCAUGAGCGCGGUAUCAAUGCUAUGGUAAGGCAGCGAGGAGGGCUGAACGCACUCGGGGUGCACGGCCAGUUGGCUAUGAUAUGCACCAUCACGAUGUACAUUGUCGCGAGUCUCCGCGAGACGGUACCAGAUCCGCUAUACAUGCGCUUCGCAGCCGCACAGAAAACGCAGAUACCCAAAGGCCCUCGAAAUCUCCCGGAGUCGCCCUUAUAUUGUCGACGAACAGGAUACCAAACCCUAACCAGAGUGAUCAAACCCGAAACCCGCAUCUACAAACUCCUCGAGCUCUGCCGCCAACUCACAAAUGCCUACUGCGCUCAGCUCAACACGACCUCCUCCUCCUCCUCCCCAGCUCAAGGCGCAUCCGAAGACGAUUCUCGCAAAGACGAAAUCGCCGCCCUCACAAUCGAAAUCUUCACCCUCCCCCGCGCUUCCGCCCUCCCCUUCGACCACCCCCACGAACGCUACACCUACGAAGCCCUCCGCCUCACCGCCCUCAUCUUCUCCCAGGCCCUCUGCAACAACAUCCCCUUCUCCACCGCCGCGCACCAACUGCAGCUUUCAGGCGGGUACACGAGUCUAGGCACCGGUACCCUCUCCACCGAGGCUCCCGUUGUGAAGGACUGCCUCAUGCACAUCCAUAUUCGGAACGCGCUAAUCAGGACGGAUACGGCGGAUUGCUGGGGGCAUUUGGCGGGGGUGUUGUUUUGGAUUUCGCUCGUGGCGGGUAGUGCGGCGAAUCCCGAGACGGGGUUUGGGACUGGUGGGUAUAGGGAACGGAGGGUGGAUGAUGUGGGGGAGGGGGAGGAGGAGGAGGCGCGGAAGUGGUUGGCGGCUGUUGUUGUUAGGUGUGAGAUUGUGCUGGGGUUCGAGUAUGGAACGGGUGUGUUGGAGACGAUGAAGACGAUGAUGGGGAUUCAGGAGGGGCUUGCGAGGGGGGCAGGAUCGAGAGAGGGUGGAGGGCGCGGGUAA